CUGGGUUGACUGGACCGCACCAUAGAGUGAACAUGAAAGUCAAGCCACUGCUGAGUUGGUUUUUGUAUCAAUUACCCCAUCGUGUAUUUUUCGUACUAAUGAGGGCUCUGCUUCGUUGCUUCUGCUGCAGCGGGCGCUGAUCGUGGUUCGGUCGCAGCGGGGAACCUGCGCUGUGGAGCCACGAGGUGGCGCCGCCUGUCUGUGCGCGGAGCUCUGCGUCGUCUCCAGCUGCUUCGAGCCACAAGCGUAAACGAGUCAUCCGAUCACAGCAGGCUGCUCCACGUCACGGCUACGCACGCCUAAACACGAAUGUUCCGUUAGGUUUAUUGUUACAGAAAUUGUUUUUUUUUUGCUACAGAAAUUCUUGGACCGUUUUGUCCACGCGUUCCUGCGCAGCUGGGACCUCGUCCACGGGUCCAGUCGUUUGCGCUCGGUUCUGUGUAGAUCAGGCCGGUGGCGCAUUGAACGGCCGCUCUUUGUCUUGCACCUCUACUUUACACAGGACUGCGGCUCGUUCAGACCUGAAAGGCGUCAUGUGACUCUGCAUCUGCUCUCAAUUGUGGAGAGAGAGCGCGCGAGGGAGGGGAGAGGGAGCGCUGAGGAGGAGCUCGCUCCUAUAAGAUUCACUCCACGCACCAUCAGCACCAAACUUACGCUCCGUCCAUCCUCCUCCUCUCCGUCUCCCUCCUGCGAACACGCAGCGGUUCUGAUUCGGCUUCUCCCGUCGGACGGUGCCCAGGUGCGUCCUCACGGCUGCUGCUCGCUCUCUGCUGAGUUGAUUAUGAUCACAACCCCCGCGGUGUCAAGGUGGAGCCACCGCGCGUUUCUCGGAUCGGUGCGCUUCUCCAGGGGCUGGGAUGCGCACCGGGCACCUCUCGCUUCCUGCCUAGUUUCGGAACCGAGCAGGAGUCAGGCGCGGCUGCAGGGCGCCGAGGCAGGAGGAGCCAGUCGACCCGGAGCAGGAUGCCGGUGAUGAGAGGGCUGCUGGCCCCGCAGAACACCUUCCUGGACACCAUCGCCACUCGCUUCGAUGGAACCCACAGCAACUUCGUCCUGGGGAACGCCCAGGUGCAGUCGCUCUACCCCAUCGUCUACUGCUCCGACGGCUUCUGUGAACUCACGGGCUACGCUCGGGCCGAGCUCAUGCAGAAGAGCUGCGCCUGCCACUUCCUGUACGGGCCGGAGACCAGCGACAGGCUGACGGCCCAGAUCCAAGGAGCGCUGGACGACCGGAGGGAGUUCAAGACCGAGCUGGUCUUCUACAAGAAGGAGGGCACAAAGUUCUGGUGUCUCCUGGACAUCGUUCCCAUUAAAAAUGAAAAGGGGGAAGUGGUUUUAUUCCUGGUGUCCCACAAAGACAUCACAGACAAGAAGAAGGACCAGGACCCUGAACAAGGACCAGAGACAGAUGAGGAGACGGGUCUGGAGGUGCACCGGGUCACUCACCCCCCGGGCUUCAACGCCAACCGGCGCCGCAGCCGGGCCGUGCUCUACCACCUGUCAGGACACCUGCAGAAGCAGGACAAGAGCAAGCUCAAGAUCAACAACAACAUGUUUGGGGAGAAGCCUCCGAUCCCGGAGUACAAGGUAGCAGCCAUUCAGAAGUCCCGCUUCAUCCUGCUCCACUACGGGACCUUCAAGGCCGGCUGGGACUGGCUCAUCCUGCUGGCCACCUUCUACGUGGCCGUCACCGUGCCCUACAACGUGUGCUUCACGGUGGUGGGAGGCCGGGACGACGGCAGCAGCAGCGCCCCCCGGAGCCCGCCCAGCGUCAGCGACAUCCUGGUGGAGAUCCUCUUCAUUUUAGACAUUGUGCUGAACUUUCGAACUACUUUUGUGAGCACGUCGGGUCAGGUCGUGUACGACGCCCGCUCCAUCUGCGUUCACUACGUCACCACCUGGCUCUUUGUGGACCUCAUUGCCGCUCUGCCCUUUGACCUGCUCUAUGCGUUCAACGUCAGCGUGUACUUCGGGGUCCACCUGCUGAAGACGGUCCGGCUGCUGCGGCUCCUGCGGCUGCUCCAGAAGCUGGAGCGCUACUCCCAGUACAGCGCCGUGGUCCUCACGCUGCUCAUGUCCAUGUUCGCGCUGCUCGCCCACUGGAUGGCCUGCGUCUGGUACUUCAUCGGCCGCAGGGAGAUCGAGAGCCCCGGUUCCUGGGAGAUCGGUUGGCUCCAUGAGCUGGCCAAGCGUCUGGGGACCCCCUACUUCCUGUCCCCCCUGACAACACUGGUGCCGCCCACGGUCCCGGCCAACAGCAGCCAGUGGAACCCGUCGGGGUCAGAGGUGGGAGGUUCCACCUCCUGGAACUCCAGUCACUACUACAGGAAUGCGUCGGGUCCGGGUCCCGGGUCCGGGCUGCUGGGGGGCGGUCCAUCCAUGCGUAGCAGCUACGUGACCUCGCUGUACUUUGCGCUGAGCAGCCUGACCAGCGUGGGAUUUGGAAACGUGUCAGCGAACACGGACUCUGAGAAGAUCUUCUCCAUCUGCACCAUGCUCAUAGGCGCGCUGAUGCACGCUGUGGUGUUCGGGAACGUGACCGCCAUCAUCCAGAGGAUGUACUCGCGCCGCUCGCUCUACCACACGCGCACCAAGGACCUGAAGGACUUCAUCAGGGUCCACCGGCUGCCCAAGACCCUGGAGCAGCGCAUGCUGGAGUGUUUCCAGACCACGUGGUCGGUCAACAACGGGAUCGACGUCAGCGAGCUGCUGAAGGACUUCCCCGAUGAGCUGAGGGCCGACAUCGCCAUGCACCUGAACAAGGAGCUGCUCCAGCUGCCCCUGUUCGAGUCGGCCAGCCGCGGCUGCCUGCGCUCGCUCUCCCUCAUCAUCAAGACCUCCUUCUGCGCCCCCGGAGAGUUCCUGAUCCGCCAGGGGGACGCGCUGCAGGCCAUCUACUUCGUGUGCUCCGGAUCCAUGGAGGUGCUGAAGGACAACACUGUGCUGGCCAUUCUGGGUAAAGGAGACCUGAUCGGCUCCGACUCGCUGACGAAGGAGCAGGUGAUCAAAACCAACGCCAACGUCAAGGCCCUGACCUACUGUGACCUGCAGUACAUCAGCCUGAAAGGCCUGCGCGAGGUGCUGCGUCUCUACCCAGAGUACGCCCAGAAGUUCGUCAGCGAGAUUCAGCACGACCUGACCUACAACCUGCGCGAAGGCCACGGGGCCGAUGUGGACUGGGAGAGUAACGGCGGCUUGGUGAAGAAGCUGCCGUCCAUCCGUGAGGACGAGGAGGUCGACGAGGAGCAACACUCGGUGUCCCGCGCGCCGCGCUCCCCGCUGCGUCUCAGCAGGGGGCUCAACUCGCCGCUGCGCUCCCCUCUGCUGCCGCCGAGGCCCUUCCGCGCCCCGUCCGAGCACCCGCGGCCCACCUCCCUGCAGAUACCGGUGGUCAGCUUCAGCAGCGCGCCGCCCGAGCUCAGCCCCAGAUUCGUGGACGGCAUAGAAACGGAGAGCAGCUCCACCUCGUCACAGAAGUUCGAGUUCAGCCCCGGCCUGUCGCCCGCGGCGCCGCCCUCCCCGUAUCCGGGGAUCCGGGAGCAGACGGAGAUCAAGCAGAGCGUGUCCAAACUGACGGAGGAGAUGAACAGCCUCUCCAAACAAGUGUCAGUGCUCAGUCAGGAGCUGCAGGAGAUGACGCGCCUGCUCCGGCCUCUGCUCCAGGCGCCACCGCAGCAGCUACCGCUCACGAGCAUGAUGCCAAACGUAAGCGUGCCCCCCCCCACCACGCUCUGCCCCCUGCAGAGGCCGGACACUCAGUCCCUGUUGGACAGUGGAGACACGGAGGGGGUGGAUUUGCCAGGAUGCCUUCUCCCAACUCCUCACUCACCAAAAACGCCUGAUUCACGUCAGUCAGCAGCACCACAGCCCCCGCCCAGACCCCCCGAGGACCACCCCUCAGCUGAGGAGGCAGCUCCAGACGGAUGCCCGGUUCCUCGGAGCCUCCACGCGUCGUCCAGUAACGGGAUGUGUGUGCCGUCUCUGCGGAACCACCCUCCUCACGCGUCACCCUCUCUGUCCUUCUCCAUGUCGCUGUCCUCGUCUCCGUCCCUUUCUCCCUGUCAAGGCCCGCACCCGUCCCGGCCUGGCAGAGGCCUGCUCCCCCCACCCUCCUCCCAGGACACGCUGCCUCCCCUGUCCUCACACUGCUCAGCUCCCCCGUCGCUCACAUCCUCCCCUGGAGAUCGUGGGUUGAGGCCUUCACCUCCCGUUUGUCUGAUCUCCCCCACAGUGUCCCUGCAUCCCUCCACCGUCUCUCUGCCUGUGUCUCUGGACUUCGUCAGUGUGAUGAGAAGGCAGGGAGACGCCCACACUGUCCCCUGGUGUAAGUCCCAGCUGCAUCUGGAGGAAACCCGUCCUUCCUCUCAGGAGCUGGAGAUGCAGGAGCGGCGGCGACAAGCGGAGGAGGGUAAGUCCUCCACGGAGCACAUCAGCUUCAUCGAUGAAGAUGAGCCAGCAUGUUAAAGCAGAACAUGCUUUAACAUUGAACAGAACAGAGGAGGAGAACAUUUCAACUGACAGAUAUGAAGAACUGCCACAGCACACACUGUCUCAGUAUCAGCGUCCGACUCAUCGGAUCCUGGAACCAGUUUUACUUUAGCUCCUGCAUCAUAUUGAACGACCGGUCAUUGCUUGUCGAACCCCGAAUGUCGCCUCCUUCCAAAGGGCAGAUUCUCACAAAUAUCCUAGCAAGAAACAUGUCUUAACCCAAGUCACAUGAUCUGAGACACUGCAACGAGACCACAAAUGUAAACAUUCAGUCUCGCAUCAGGUCACACACACAAAGCCGUCUGCCUGGUCCGUGGGGCUCUGGGCCUGUGUGCCUUUGGGCUGGUGGAGGUGGAACCAAAUCAUCAUGUCAGAAUCACUCCCACCAGAGGAAGACGUGGUCUGGGCUGCAGGGAGGGGCUCUGUGCCAAAGACAAACCUGAGGUUCAUGGGAGGCGUGAAGCGAACACUGAGACCAUCAACCCCGUGUUAUCGCCACGUGAGCGUUUGCAACCAGCCUGAUCACACUGUAUAGGGACUCCCCACAUCACUCCUGAGCUUUAGCCAUCCAGCCGCGUGUGCCUUCUCCCAUCAACCAGACUGAAGUCCGAGUCAAACAGAAAGCCAUUACGCCACCUCCAGCCAACGCCUGCACCGAAGAGGAACUCUUUAUUUUAGGCUGUGGAACUGCACGUGGAGGGGAGACAAACACACUAGGGCUGGAGCUUGAUUCUCAAAGUCCUGAAUCGACUCAUUUGAUUCGUCACCAGAUAAAAACCAAUGUUGCAAAAACCAUUUUGCUGGAACAAGUGAGCAACGUGAUAAUUUUGUUAAUGAUCAAAUUUUAGGGCGGCCCAGAAGAAAACAAACGUUCCUGUGCAGCUACACAGACUUUACUGAUGAGAAACUGGUUCUGUUCUGUUGUGUGAACUCAGGUCUGACGUCUGCAGACAGAUGUUCGUGCUCCACGAUAUUUUACCACACUGCAUCAAAAGAGCACAGAUCUGACUUAAAGAAUCGAUAUUACAUCAAAGAAUUUUCACUAAUCUGAAAGGACUUCACUUCCAGCCCUAGUGAGAGGAAGACGACUGUUUACAUAUUCAGCAUGAAUGGAAUUGCUCCAGACCUUCCUGUUCCUAUGUAGCACACGCAUCGUUCAUCUACAGCCCCAUUGUCAGCGUACACCGAUACGGCCUAACCCCCACCUACGAACUGAGCUGGGGAACUUGGAGGUCUCAGGACUUCCAUUGGUUGGGUUUGCUUUCUUCAGAUUUCUGCUUUCUAUUUUGUAAAGCUGGGAAACGAACUCAGACACACAGACCAGAACUCCUGUAGACGUCUGUGGAGCUCAGAACCCUCUGGGUAUUCGAGGUGGGGUGGUCCGGGGGUCGUGGCUGCAGGGUUCCAAUCAAAUGCAUGUCAAAGCUUUUUGCAUGAGGAAUGUGCCUGCUUUUAGACGUCGAGGGGCUGGAGUGGACUGACGCCUGCCCUGACGGCGGCCGCUGGGUUUCAGAUGUAUUUUAUUAAAUGCUGUUACAUAAAACAGGAUUACAUGAUGUACAACAAUAAAGAAGUGUUGUUUUGUAUGA